CUCUCUCUCUCUGUGCUUCACAUGCUCUCAUUCUAUCAAAAUCCAUAAGAACCAAGACAAAGAAGCUCAUUGGCAUAGGGUACCCCCUACUCUCUCUCUCUCUCUCUCUCUCUCUAAAAUUCUCUGGUUUUCCAAGAUUCCACUGUAGAUAUGAUCAUCUCUGCAUACUAAACCGAACCAUUGGAUUCCCACUCCUUCAUUCUCUCUGUUCUUAUCUCUCCCUGAACAGUCUCACUCUCACCCCACUCCUCCUCUGCCCUCCUCUGUUUUUCUCUCUUGUUUUUCAUGGCUUCUUUUACUACAAAUACUAACAAUUCUCAACCCCAAGAGAAUAAUUCCAAUGUCUCAAACGAUGUCAGGAGGCAGGAAAUCCAAGCCGCCGUUGCCAAAGCAGUGGAGCUGAGAGCUCUCCAUGCUGCUCUGGUUCAAGGAAGCAGCCCUGCAAAUCUCAGGUUCCGUUCUUCUUCCCCUGCCUCCCGCCCUGCCUCCCAGUUCUCUGCUCAGGACUACCCCGUUUUCACUCCGAGUUAUGAAGAUGAACCACUGCCCGGAUUUCAACAAAUUCCGACAAUGAAUCGAAGGUUAUCCGAGAAUUGUGACGAGUAUGGCGGGCUGGAAGGAAAUGUGGAUGAAACAGUUGCAUCAAAUUACAAGGAAAACUCAUCUUCAAGAAAAGGGUUCCCUUCCGAUUUUGCCUACUUAGAGUCCCAUGCUUGUCCAGCUGAGGAUCACAAGUCUGUGACAAGCUCUUCAUGUGCAAACAAUAUCACCGUGCUUCAAACAUCGCCUGCCAAGGAAUACUUCAGGUCGAGAAGGCGAAAUAGUUUGGGGGAUUUCAACUCGGUUUCAUCUUGUAAUCGAUGCAAGCCUGCGAUCAUAACAAGCGAAUCGGAGGUUGGGACGAGGAACUACAGGAAUUCUAACAGUGUUGUGCCGUUGACAGAUUCACAUUCUUCUGUUCGGUCGCAACCAAAGAGUCGGGGAGUCAUUUCGUGGUUGUUUCCCAAGUUAAGGAAGAAGCACAAGAACGAAAGCUCUCCAAACCGAACAGAACCAGAGGAAGUUUCUCAGGUUUAUAGGGACUUGGGGAUAAUGUCAAUUGAGACGUUGAGGAAACAGCUCACAGAAGCGAAUGAGCAGAGAGAUGCCGCGUUAAUGGAGGUUUCCGAGAUGAGAUCUUCGCUCGGGGAGCUGAAACAGAAGAUGGACUACUUGGAAACUUACUGUGAAGAGCUGAAAAGAGCUUUGAGACAAGCAACACAUACCAAGAAUUCCCAAUUCCCCGAAAAGCUUGGGAACUUCCCAAAGAGUGGCAAAUCCAACGAUGGGAAUGCAGAAAAUCUAAUGCCGGUCAGCGAGGAAGUAAUGGUGGAAGGUUUCUUACAGAUAGUAUCGGAAGCAAGACUGUCUGUAAAACAGUUCUGCAAGAUCCUUGUAGCGCAGAUCGAAGUAACAGAUAACACCCUGGUGGAUAAUUUGAACAUGCUUCUCGAGCCUUUCAAAUUGUCAUUGAGUUCUAAGCACUCCAAGGAAGUGUUGUACCAUUUGGAAGCCAUCAUCAACCAGUCACUCUACCAAGACUUCGAGAACUGUAUGUUUCAGAAAAAUGGCUCGCCGAAGAUUUUAGACCCUCACCAAGCACGCCAAGCGCAGUUUUCUUCGUUCGUUGCCCUCAGAAACUUGAGCUGGAACGAAGUAUUAAGAAAGGGAACGAAGUAUUACUGCGAAGAAUUCAGUAAGUUUUGCGAUCAGAAGAUGAGUUGCAUCAUUACAACACUAAAUUGGACAAGGCCGUGGCCGGAGCAGGUUCUUCAAGAAUUCUUUGUUGCUACCAAGUGCAUUUGGUUGCUUCAUUUGCUUGCAUUUUCGUUCAAUCCCCCUCUCGGGAUUUUGAGGGUGGAGGAGAAUAGGAGCUUUGAUCCACAUUACAUGGAUGACAUGUUCAUGGACAGGCAGAGAUCGCUCGGUCCGAGCCGGGUUAAGAUUAUGGUAGUGCCAGGGUUUUAUGUUCAGGAUAGGGUUUUAAGGUGUAAGGUUCUUUGCAGAUAUAAGUCUGCAGGUUCAGUAAAUUGAUCCCUUCUUAUAUAUACAUAUAUAUAUAUAUAUAUAUAUAUUUAUCAAUCAAUUAUUGGUUUUUUU